UGGAUCUUGCCCGUUCACUUCACUAUCGUCUCUUUGAUCUCUCUGUCCAUCUCCCUUGAGUUUUCAUUCCUCAGAGAGUGAGAGUGAGAGAGAGAGAAUCAUUCCACAAUCAGUCAUAUUCCUCCUAAAGCUUGAGAGAUCAGAUCUCGCAAAACCCACCGGAGACGAGAGCAAUGGCCGAAAAGAAGGUAACAAUGGUCAUGAGGGUUGACCUGGGGUGCUAUCGCUGCUACAAGAAGAUCAAGAAAGUGAUGUGCAAAUUCCCUGAAAUCCGAGACCAAAUUUACGAUGAGAAGCAGAACAGGGUGCUAAUCAGUGUGGUAAGCUGUUGUCCUGAGAGAAUCCUUGAGAAAAUAGCCAGCAAAGGCGGAAAAACUGUGGAGAGCAUCGGGAUAGUCCCCGAGAAGAAGCCUGAGAAGAAACACGACAAGAAAGAUGGCGACAAAAAGUGGAAGGAAGAAGGAAACACCGAAACCACAGAAGCAACAACCGAAAGAGGGGUCGUCUCCAGAAGAACAACCGAAGACAGUGAAAGCUCAAAAGCACAUCGCCGAGCCUGUUUCGGGAUAUCCCACAAUUUAUCCCAGUGGAAUGUACAACCAGCCGCCUCAGCCAUAUUACCAAGGAUAUGGCGCCGUGCCAUACUAUCACGGGGUGCCGGCUUAUUACAGUGAGAGCAGUUAUGGUGUGAAUAGGGGCUAUAACACGAACCGCGCUGACUACUUCAGUGAAGAGAACCCUGAGUCGUGCAGAGUCAUGUGAUUGGAUCAUGAAUGGGUUAGCGUUGCAUGGGGAUGUUAACUUGCUAAAGGUUUUAUAUUUUAUCAGUUGUGCUUAGUUGGAGGAUCUGUCAAAUUUGGUGGAUACUUGCAUAUAAUCGUAUGAGACAGUAAAGGAACAAUAAGGUUUGGUGGGAAGGCCGAUGAUUUUAUGAUUCUGUUUGCUGAAAUAGGAUGAGGUAGGUGGUUUGGUAUUUUAAAUAGAUUAAAUUUACCAGUUACCAGUUGUUAAAGUUUUAAUCAAUGAGGACAGCUGAUUUAAAUCAAGUCCGUUUGUAUGAUGGCUA